AUGGGGAGAAUUAAGAAGGUGGCAAGCCAGAAACAUGAGGCUACAAUCUCCCCUUAUUUGGCGGAAUUCGUAGCUCGCGCCACGACUAUCCCAGUCCCCGAGCUCCCUUCUCACCUCAAGACAUUCCCUCGUCUAUGGCCUUUCCCUAGAGGUGAUUUAUAUCAUUGGAUUAAUGUUUUGAAUCGCUUCGAUGAAAUUCUGGCGUCGGUUAUUGAUAAAUACGCCCUCAACAAUGGUCCACAAACAAUGCCGUUUGGCAGACACGUUCUUGUUGAUUCCUGUACCGGCAGCGAUAAUAACGUGGGCUCAGGGGACGUCGAUUCUAGAUUGAGCGCUCUUGCAUACGGUCCAGAUGGAGAUAGAGAGCUCCUAGAAGCGGUUAUCGACUUCUCUAGACUUCUGUUGGAGAAGUGUGGUAAUCGCAGCCUGUAUAGCAGCAGUGAGCGUCUAGGGGAGCUUUUGAACACCACGUCGCUUUCUCUUCUGCAGUCUACGCUUCGUCUAUCGCUUUCAUUGGCACAAAGGUAUCACUUUCGUCAACGUGGCGGCUCCCAUCUUCAGCAGAGUUUGUUGGCAGCCCACUUCAACAUCGAUCUGGAGAAAUUGCAGAAAGUUGCCGCACCGUUCCCGCGUCCUUCUGUGCCCGCCUCCGGCAAGAUAAGUGUAUCUCCUGCGUUAGGGAUCAAAGGCAAGGAGAAGGGACCGCAGACUAGGUACGAUGCGAAUGAUUUAGUAUCGGUAGCCCGAGAGAGUGAUGGUUGGGAGGAGUGGGGCGAUGUUCACCAGCUUUUCUAUCCAUCUGGCUCUUCCGAACAAGUGAAGGUAACGUCGGAAAGUGCACAAGGUGGAGCGCCAGCACAAGCUCCUUGCACACCGACGCCUCUGCGCAGGAGCAAUACCCACCCCACCCCUCGCCUUAGCAGGUCUUCUAUCAUAGAUGAUUCUCCCGGCUUCGUUGCCAACACUCCUUCUGGAAAGUUUGACGACGUGCCACGGGGUGGGAAGACCCUUGACAUCUCCUACUCGAAAAUUUCUUCCACGUCGUCUGAGGAUCUUCUUACGUCGCACUUGGAAGAGGUCCCCGAAGAUGCACAAUACGAGCUUCUCUACCGAAUUCGGACGGCUCGAGGAUUGGUAACAUCUAGCUCUACUCGAGAACAGAUCCUCGCAACCAGGAUUCUUGCAAUUACCAACUUAGCAUACGUCUACCCUGAAUCUCUCUUCCAGCAAAAGGUUCUUCAGUAUGAUAUGGAACAACCGAAACGCCUCCAGAUUGCCUAUCAGCUGAGUGAAUUAGUUCAUCUCGGUGCAAGUGGCGACCUCAGAGUAUCUCGGUUUCUACAGACCCUCGCACUCCAGGCACUUGAUGCCCUGGCGAAACACAAAGCAAGGGCGAUCGAUGUUUGUGCUGCGCUGAGCGUCAAUGUAAACCAUGGUGUGCUUAUGUUCUUGACCCGGAAAGCGGUCAAUGAGUUAGGGUCCGAAGACAAUGAUGGAGAUGAUGGCAGCCAGGACGAAUGGCGGGAUGCCUUGCUUUCCCUCCUACGAACACUUCCUGGCUCAAGCUCUAGGACCCCAGAGACGCUUGUUUCAGCGGGCUUGAUUCCGAUGUUCGUCGAUAUCCUAAAUCUCCGGACCGAGAAAGCGCGCCGUGUCUACUCUCGUGUUAUGGAAUUCCUGGACACCUUUGUUCACACGGUUCGUGAUGCGCUUGGGACCCUUACAAAUGCAAAGGGAUUCGACGCAAUUUCGGAUCUCAUUGAUUUUGAAACCAAGACGUCGUUUGAAAAUGUAUCGCGGGGCGCCGGAAUCCCGCCCCAGCACAAGACCCCGUCAAUCGAUUAUCAAAUUCCGUACUUUCAGCAGCAGACACUUCGAUGGCUGUUCCGGUUUGUUAAUUAUAUUAUGCAACAUAAUGGCGGAGGCUUCGAUCGGGUUCUUCGAAAUCUAAUUGACUCACCUCAGCUCCUGACGUCUCUGCGAUUGGUGUUUGAAAAUGCUCGGAUAUUCGGUUCUCACGUUUGGAGUAAUGCGGUCAAUAUUCUUAGCAGCUUUAUUCAUAACGAACCUACCAGCUAUGCAGUCAUUGCCGAGGCUGGCCUGACCAAAAGUUUCUUGGAGGCUGUGACAUUUCGCGAGCUCAAGACUGCAGAGAAACCGCCAGUUGAUCCGGAAGGCAUUGGUGCUGAAGGAGAGCCCUCUGGGCCGUCCGCUGCCGAGAAUGGGGCUCCUGCAAGCCAGGAUAAGAAACCGCGAGAGUUCGAACUUGCAAGAUCGGGGGAUGCGAAGCUUGCUCCUGGCAUCAUGCCUGCUGCGGAGGCUUUGUCAUGUGUUCCAUCUGCUUUCGGGGCUAUCUGUCUGAAUUCCUCCGGACUAGAACUAUUUCAAUCCUCUCAUGCCUUGGAGAGUUUCUUUGAGAUCUUUGAAAAUCCCCAACAUGUAAAAUGCUUGAAAGACGAUCCUAACCUGGUCCGCUCACUGGGCACCACAUUUGAUGAACUAGUACGACACCAUCCAGCACUCAAAUCGUCAAUCAUGACUGCAGUCAUUGUGAUGGUUGCACGCGUGGGCCUUCUGAGAAUUGGUGGCAGCAUGACCGGUGAAUCUAUUGAAACAUCAGAGCUGGAUGUUAGAGAACCAAACUCGAGUGACCUACCCGAUGGUAGCAAAUUGACUAUGGGGAACAUAGGCCAGGUUCUGCCAUCUGACCAUCGUAUCGAACCUAAGGAUCAAGAUCCUAGUGGCCUAACAGCAACUGAUUACCUAUAUCCUGUGUUGAGGUUUUUGGGUGCUUUCUUUGAGAACCAAGCUAACUGCACCCAUUUCAUUGAAUCCGGUGGCGUGGAGUUCAUCCUAGAUUUCGCGACACUGCAAAGCCUUCCGUUUGAUUUCCACAACACUGAUACCAAUCAGGAGCUCACUGUAUUGGUACACAUGCUGGCAGAGACGAAGCCUCAUCUGGUUGUCCCUAGACUAGUGGAUCGCCUCGACUCGAUUGUCGAGUUGCUCUCCGAUUUCUGGCGCUUGUCUGGGCCUCGAGACUCAGGGUUCUUCGCCCCGUUGAUUAAGCCGUCUUCCGAGAAGGAAACCGAGGCCAAAUGCGGCGAAUCCUGGACCCUUGUUAAAGGUAACGGGACGUACUUUGCUAAGCAUAUGGUGGCUGCUCUUAUCCUAACGGACCUCCUUCGGGAGGUCUAUUCCAUGCCUCUGUAUCAGACCCGGCCCAGCCAGCAGGCUUCCGCAUUCGCCCAGGUCAAUCUGGCCGACCGUUAUUGCUCUCUGAUUGGAAGAUUGGGAGGUCUACAUGCAGCGUGUGUGUGGGAGGAGAUCCUGCUAGAGAAGAACAUACCGGACACUUGGGAUCAGGCAACAAAAGCGCAAUCAAGCGGGCUGAGUGCUGAGAAAUCCAAUGAGACCGUGGGGCCUUCGAAUCCGGAUGGAGGUUCCACUGCGGCUGCAGGUGGCUCUCAAGAAGGUUCGUCUACCAAUGACGCUGCUCAGCUAGGUCCUAGUCAAGAGCCAAAGGAGAGUGCUGCCGAAAUUCUGGAAGGCGGCAUGGCGUUCAAGAACGUUCAAGCCCUUAGAUAUCUUCUGAGUUCCUUGCCCUCCUCAAUCACAGGCUUUUUCCAUAAUCUGGGGCUCGGUCUAAUUGGAAAAAGGAGGAUUGAUUUCUACCAAAGGCAAAAUGCUACCAUGGUUGCCGAGGCCGUUGCACUGGCUGUGAUCGAGCAGUUGAAACUCUCCCCUCCAAACUCGAGUGAUAGCCCUAAACUUCGAUUCGCAUACCUCAUUGUCAUAUUGUCCUCGUUCACGCAUUUGCUCUUUGAAGCCACGGCGGACCGCCCUCAUUCGCACUACCUCACUCUGGUUCUCUUUGCGUUCAAGAGGUGCGGAGGGCUGAAGUUAUUGAAAGACGUAUGUGACACUUUCAUGCGGGAGGUUAAGGCCCUGACCCCUUCGAAGUCUGUUCCCGAAUCUGAGAAUGACGUCUCAGCCCGGCUUACCUCGGCUUAUGGGGGUGUCAAGAUUAUCCUUGGCUUCUUCUCCGAGCUAGCAUCCGGGAAGAACAUCAUCGAUUCUAGUCAGACACAAGCCAUGACUAGUAGUGACCGGGAUCGGGAUAGGCCCGAUUAUUUCCAACCAGGGCAGUUCCUGGUUGACCUACGAAUGGAGAUACUUCCAAUGGCCAGGGACAUGUGGAAUUCCGAUUUUGGGACCCAGUCGUCGAGCUCUGUGAUCAAGUGUCUAGUCGACAUCCUGCGUUCAUCACUUGAUGGUGAAUAUGAGACGGGGGCUGCUCGACGCUCCGACACUCCCCCGCCUUUGACAGAAGUAGCGAAGAGAGCAUUUGUACUCAACCGGGAUCGUGCCACUUCCUUACAAGAUAAAGGGUUCGACUCAGACCUGGUGAAGGAAGCGAUGUACCGCUGCAAUAACGUUGCCCUCGCUGCUGAGGAAUACUGCAAGGCACAAAGCUGGCUGUUACCUCCUCCAAGAAUGGCGCCUCCACCCAACGACGUUGAGUCUGCUCGUUCUAGUACGACGUCAGGCGGAGAGCCUGCCGAGGAUGCAGCCGUGGGAGAUGCUCCACCCUUCGACAGCGGGCUCCUCGAACGUUCUGCUCUUGCUAUGCUUUUGGCGCAAGCGUCAGGCCGGUCAGACGAAGGAUCCCGGCAAGAUCAAAAUCAAGGAGGAACCGAGGAGAGUGAAGUUAGGCAUGGUACUGAAUUCUUAGCUCGAGCCUUGACUCACAUCCUUAAUGAUGAACAUGGUACAGGUGAUAUCGAUCGAGAUGAGCCUUCGAGUAGCAACACUCGUAAUACUGGCUCCGCCGGAGGAGAUCCUUCUGAGUCAUCGAACAGUGCGGCCAACCAGUCCUCGGAGCAUAGUGCAGAUCAACCUGUACGACGUCGUGAGGUUCUCACUGUGGAAGAUUUGGAUAAGGAGCGUGAGAAAGUUCGUUCGAACCUGAUCGAGCGUUGCUUGGAUGUGUUGAAUGAGCACCAUGACGUGUCCUUUGAAUUGGCCGACCUGAUUUCUUCUGCUACCAAGAAGCACCGCGACCCGGAAACAUUCCGGAAGGAUGUUGGUGAGAUUCUUGUUCAAUCUCUUGUUUCCUUGCAGAUGGACAACUUCCAAGCGGCUGGUAAAAAGGUUGCAGCCUAUGCCCAUCUCCUGGCGCUAGUAGUCCAAGACAGAGACAUGUACAAUGCCACGUUGGGAGAACUCAAAGAGUGCUUCACCACUUUCCUUGGAUUUAUCAAAUUGUCGCCUGAAGGUUCCGAUGAGUCGUUCCCGUGGAUUGGGCACGUGCUUCUCGUACUAGAGAAAUUGCUUUCUGAUGACGCACAGCCUACUCAGAUCCAGUGGAGUUUGCCUGAUAGCAAUAGCGCAGAUGCCCAAGACGAUUUCCCAGCUCACCUGGCAGAGCCACUUGUGUCUAUAGACCAGAAAACGCAGUUGUUCGAGGCACUCGUUGAAAUUCUUCCGAGGAUCGGAAAGGAUGAUACUCUAGCCCUCUCCGUGUCUCGAAUUCUUGUAAUCCUUACUCGGCAUCGCAGCAUUGCUGUCCGCUUAGGUGAGAAGCGAAGCUUGCAGCGCCUUUUCGUUAUGGUUAAGCAACUUUCGAGCUCGACAAAUGAAAAACUCCAGAGUGCUUUCAUGUUGAUAUUAAGACAUAUAAUUGAAGAUGAAGACACUAUUCGGCAAAUAAUGAGAAGUGAGAUUGUCGCCAACUUUGAGUCUAAAUCGUCUCGCCAGAUUGAUACUACCGGUUACGUCCGACAAAUGUAUCAUCUCGUCCUUAGGUCACCGGAGCUGUUUGUGGAAGUAUCGAACGAAAAGCUGAAGUUGCAACGAUAUGAUAGUCGGCAACGCCCUCAGGUUCUUACUCUGAAGUCAGACAAGAAUAGUGGCACUUCUAACUCCUCGUCGACUGAAAAUGGUGCACAGAGCUCAAGUCGUAGCGAUGAGAACGCAUCGGGCGCCGCGCCCUCGGAGGAACAAGAUAAGGGCAAAGGCACAGAGCUGAAAACACCUGUUGUGGAAAACCCGGACGGCGUCAUUCAUUAUCUACUUUCUGAGCUUUUAUCUUACAAGGAUGUCGAUGACAAGGAACCAUCUACCGAGUCUGCAGAUUCCUCUGCUCAAGAACAAUCAGAGAUCCAGACCGAUGUGGAAAUGUCAACUGAAGAGCCCUCUCCGUCUGUUUCUACUACCGACUUGCAGGCUAUACGCAACUCCAAAAAGCCAGAAAAGCCGGUAUUCAAAGCUGAUGAUCAUCCAAUCUACAUAUACCGAUGCUUCCUGUUGCAAUGUCUGACAGAACUCCUUUCGUCGUACAAUCGAACUAAGGUCGAAUUCAUCAACUUCUCUCGCAAAGCAGAUCCUCUUGCAGCCACCCCGUCCAAGCCACGCUCGGGUAUCCUGAAUUAUCUUCUGAAUGCCCUCGUUCCUAUCGGCACCAUGGAACAUGAGGAGUCUGUUGCUUUUAAGAAGCGGAGCAACACUUCUUCUUGGACCAUGCGAGUACUUGUUGCCUUGUGCACCAAGACUGGCGAGUUUGGUGGCACUGGAAGACGUCGAGAUCAGAAUACGAAUGAAGAAGACGAGCCAGAGCUUGCCUUUGUACGAAAGUUUGUCUUGGAACACGCGCUUCGAGCCUAUAAAGAGGCGAAUGCGUCCAACGAACCUUUAGAUGCAAAGUAUUCUAGGCUGAUGUCUUUGGCUGAUCUGUUUGAUAAGAUGCUUAGCGGCUAUGCUUUCGUUUCGGGGGAUACUAAUUUCCCUGCCUCCACAAGACAGCUCGCGAAAACAAUGUUCGAAAAAAAUUUCAUCGCUGCGCUCACGGCCUCAGUUGCUGAAGUUGAUCUUAAUUUCCCAGCCUCUAAGCGUGUCAUCAAGUACAUUCUACGCCCGCUUAACAAGCUUACGCAAACUGCUGUCAUAUUGAGUGAGACAUCCGAUCUCUCCACCCUCGGAGAGACGGAAGAAGAUGAGAUCUCGUCAGCUACUUCGGUUUCCGAUAUGGAUGAUGAACGCGAAGAAACCCCUGACCUGUUCCGGCACUCUACACUGGGUAUGUUGGAACCUCGUCAUGAAGAGGAGACAAGCUCCGAGGAAUCGGAGGAAGAAGAAGAUGAUGAGAUGUAUGAUGAUGAAUAUGAAGAAGAAAUGGAUUAUGAUGAAGAUCUUCCCGAGGAUGAUGGCGAGGUCGUCAGUGAUGAAGAAGACGAAAUCGAAGGUGUCGGUCCCAUUGAAGGCCUUCCCGGCGAUUCUGGUAUGGAUAUCGAAGUUGUAAUCGAUGACGACGAAGAUGAUGAAGAUGAUGAGGAGGAGGAGGACGAUGAUGGGUCUGACAUGGACGAUGAUGAAAUUUUCGCCGGCGAGAUCACUGGUGACCGGGACAACGAAAGUUUGGAAGGCGGAGAUGAUGAUGAAUGGGAAAGCGAGGAAAUGUCAGAAGAUGAGGAGGAAGCUGAGAUUAUGGACCAGUUUGAGAGCGAACUUGCCGAUAUCCGACAAGCUGAUCAGCACGAUGAUGGGCGGCGGCGUUUUGACGAUUUGUUCCGCGUUCUUAACGAGGCCGCUGGAGGUGUCGAGGAUUUGCAAGCCGAUAGCCUUGGGGAUAUUCACGAUGACAUCGCUGACGAUGAUUUGAAUGAGGAUGAUGAAGAUGAUGAAAUCGAUGAGCUUGAGGAGGAUCUUGACGAUGCUGACGACGACCAAGGAUCGUACCAAGGCUUCGAUGAUGAUGAAGAUCUCAUUGAACCAUGGGGAUGGGAUAGUGAAGAGCCUCCAUUGCCCCGUGGACAUCACCAUCGCUUCCGUGGGCCUCAGCCGGCAUGGGCCGCAGUUACGGGGAUUAUGCCCAGUCGACAUGGGGUCGUUCCAAUCCAACCAUACCGGUUUCACCGUACGCAGAUUCCUGCGCGGGGAUCCGAUGACGGAACAAAUCCCCUCCUUGUUCGAACUGACCGCGGACCUGAGACAGGCCAACCUCGUGGACCUGGUAACGAAGCUUUCACGGACUGGGUCCACGGUAUGGAACCCGUGUCUACUGGCCGCUUGCUUCCCAUGGAUAGUCCUGUCAGUUUUAUGAAUGCCAUUAUGCAGGCCAUCGGUGGACAAAAUGCUCCAGGGUUCGGAGUUAUUACUCGCCCAGACGGAAUACACGUUCACGUUGACAGGCGAGCCCUCUUGCCCAAUCGUAUUCAAGAUAUGUUCGGGCUUGGCAGACAACAAGCUCCUCCAUCUCGAGCCCGGGACGACCCGUCUCAAGCUGUAAGCUUCGCUCUUGCACCAACCAGGAACCGCUGGCAAGAGGAGGCUCGUAUUUUGUUCAGCGGUACAUACGUCGAGAAAACGCAGCGUGUAGUCAACUCCCUUCUGAAAAUUCUCGUUCCUCCCGCCAUCGAGGAAGAGAAAGAACGGGAAAAGCAAAUGGAAGCGGAACUUAGGCGACGAGAGGAAGAACGAGCCGAGCGAGAACGUCAGGAACGCGCCGCCCGAGAAGAAGAGGAGAAAGAGCGGAAGCGGAAAGAGGAAGAAGAAAGUGCCAGGCGACAGCAAGAACUGGAGCAACAAGAAGCAGAACGGCAAGCUUCAGGGCCGGUUUCCGAACCUAUGGACGAUGUGCAACAAACAGACACCACUGGUGAAGCUGUUACUACAUCAGACCAGGCUGAUACGGGUCCUUCAGAACCCCGUCCCCGAGUGCACACAACUAUCCGAGGCCGCCAACUUGACAUCACUGGAAUGGAAAUUGACCCCGAGUACCUAGAGGCCCUACCUGAAGAGUUGAGAGAAGAGGUCAUCAUGCAACAACUCGCGGAGCAGCGUUCUCAGGCCACUGCAGCCGGUGAGGAGCCUAGCGAAAUCAACCAGGAGUUCUUAGAAGCCUUGCCCCCAGAGAUACGUGAAGAAUUGCUGCAACAAGAGGCGGCCGAUCGUCGCCGCCGAGAGCGUGAGAGUGCCCGCAGACAAGCAGCAACUAGCGGUGCUCCAGCUCACGCUGAAGAUAUGGACGCUGCUAGCUUCUUGGCUACUCUUGACCCAUCUCUACGCCAGGCCGUCCUCGCCGACCAGCCGGAGGAAAUUCUGGCAACCUUGGGGCCCGAAUUUGUUUCCGAAGCACGCGCUCUUCCUGGAAGGCGGCUUACCCAAUUUGGUGAUAUCUCGAGAGCCGAACAUCGCCACAGAAACGAGCCAGCGGAUGACAAAGAGCCGAAGAAGCAGCAGCGGCGUCAAAUUGUUCAAAUGUUGGACAAGGCUGGUGUUGCUACUCUACUCCGUUUGAUGUUCAUGCCUUUGCAGGGUAAUGCGCGCCACCAGCUGAAUGACAUCCUCCAUAAUGUCUGUGAAAAUCGACAGAAUAGGGUUGAAGUGAUUAGCCUUCUUCUUUCCGUUCUGCAGGACGGCAGCUCGGAUGUCUCUGCGAUCGAACGCAGUUUUGCUCAGCUUUCGCUGCGUGCUGCGUGUAAACCCCCUGUGUUGAAGACACCCCAGUCCGUAAAGCGCAGCCUUGCCUUCCAAUCUUCCUCGAGCGUGAGCAGCGAAGUAACGCCGAUCAUGGUGGUGCAGCAAUGCCUGGGAACUCUUUCUUUCUUGUCUCAGUAUAACCCACAUAUUGCGUGGUUUUUCUUGACAGAGCAUGACCCUUCAUCUACACUCAAACUGAAGGCGUUCCGCAAGGGCAAGAGCAAGGAAAACAAGGCGAACAAAUUUGCUCUCAACGCGCUGCUUAAUCUUCUCGAUCGAAACAGUAUAACGCAGCCACUUACGUUACUUCUUCGUCGUGAGAAAGAAAAGCAAGAGGAAGAAGAAAAGGGCAAGAAACCAGAACGGGUGGAGAGCCAAGGGCAGUCAGGAGAUCAGGAACAACAACCACAGCCUCAAACAGCAGAGGUCACUGGCUCCGCCACGGAUGCUACCAUGACAGAUGCUCCAAUGCCCUCUGGGGAAGGUACUGAAGCGCAGGGUGUGACAGAACCGGCCCAGGUUCAGGAGAACAAACCAGCAGAAACGUCUAAGACCGAGACAGCCAAGGGAUCGACAGAGGAGGAAAAGCCUAAGAAGAGAAUCAUCGAGCCCCCUGUUGUCCCUGACCACAACCUACAACUGGUAGUCCAUAUCCUAGCCGCCCGUGAAUGUAACGGAAAGACAUUCAGGGAUACGCUGUCAACCAUCAAUAACCUUUCUGCUGUACCUGGAGCAAGAGAUGUGAUUGGAAAUGAGCUCGUCAGCCAGGCUCAAACCCUGAGUACCACAAUUCUGACUGACCUGGACGAGUUAUUAGCGCACAUCAACCAGGCCCAAACCGGCACUGAUAUGCAAGGCUUGGCCCUAGCCAAGUUCUCUCCAGCAAGCUCGGACCAAGCGAAGCUGUUGCGUGUCCUUACUGCUCUUGACUACCUCUUUGAUCCAAACCGCGCAGAUAAGGUUAAAGGAAAUGAACCUGAAAACACGUCCAAGGAGGAUGUCUUGCAAACUUUGUACGAGAGUUCUACGUUCGGACCUUUGUGGACGAGGCUAGGCGAAUGCUUGACCCUUAUUCGACAGAAAGAAAAUAUGCUGAACGUGGCCACAAUUCUCCUGCCGCUUAUCGAGGCCCUGAUGGUUGUGUGCAAGAACACUUCUUUGAAGGACACUACCCUUUCUCGAAACAGCCGGGAGUUGUCUGUGUCAAGCUCCUCGGUCGAAGCGGGACUGAAUAUGGAGAGUCUCUUCUUCAAGUUCACGGAGGAGCACCGCAAGAUUCUGAAUGAACUUGUCCGGCAGAACCCCCGCUUGAUGAGUGGUACUUUCUCUUUGCUCGUGAAAAAUCCCAAGGUCCUGGAAUUCGAUAACAAGCGGAAUUACUUCACUCGCCGAAUCCACUCUCGUGGUGCCGAGCCUCGUCAUCCUCACCCUCCUCUCCAGCUUUCUGUCAGGAGAGACCAAGUUUUCCUCGACUCGUUCAAAUCUCUAUAUUUCAAGACGGCAGAUGAGCUGAAGUAUGGCAAACUGAAUGUGCGCUUCCAUGGAGAAGAGGGUGUUGAUGCAGGAGGUGUGACGAGAGAGUGGUUCCAAGUGCUUGCACGCGGCAUGUUCAACCCUAACUAUGCCUUGUUCAUCCCAGUUGCCGCGGAUCGAACGACUUUCCACCCCAAUCGUCUGAGUGGCGUCAACUCGGAGCAUCUGAUGUUCUUCAAAUUUAUUGGUCGGAUAAUUGGCAAAGCCCUGUACGAGGGGCGGGUUCUUGAUUGCCACUUUAGCCGUGCAGUGUACAAGUGCAUCCUCAGUCGGUCCGUAUCUAUCAAGGAUAUGGAGACGCUCGAUCUCGACUACUACAAGUCUCUCCUUUGGAUGCUUGAAAACGACAUCACUGACAUCAUCACCGAGACCUUCGCUGUUGAGACCGAUGACUUUGGAGAAAAACAGGUCAUCGACCUUAUAGACAAUGGAAGCAACAUUCCAGUCACUCAAGAGAAUAAGGAGGAGUAUGUGCAGCGUGUUGUUGAUUACCGCUUGAUCGGAUCCGUUAAAGAGCAGCUUGACAAUUUUCUCAAAGGGUUCCACGAAAUCAUUCCACCUGAUUUGAUCUCUAUUUUCAAUGAACAAGAGCUUGAGCUGCUGAUUUCUGGUCUUCCCGAGAUUGAUGUAGAUGACUGGAAGGUAAAUACUGAGUACCAUAACUAUUCUGCCUCUUCUCCCCAGAUCCAGUGGUUCUGGCGUGCCGUCCGUUCAUUCGACAAAGAAGAACGUGCCAAGCUACUCCAGUUCGUUACUGGAACGAGCAAGGUGCCGCUGAACGGCUUCAAGGAACUGGAAGGUAUGAAUGGUGUCAGUCGGUUCAACAUCCAUCGCGACUACGGCAACAAGGAUCGCCUCCCAAGCUCGCACACGUGCUUCAACCAGCUCGAUCUUCCAGAAUACGAGAGCUACGAGACUUUGAGGCAGCGUCUAUAUACUGCAAUGACGGCCGGUAGCGAAUAUUUCGGUCACCCUGAACUUGCAAACCUCGUAGCCGAUCGACUCGGCAUUGAGCUGACCAAGAUCAUGGUCCUCCAGUAUUCAAAUCAGGAAACCAGUGUUACAAUCGGUGAAAGUGUGCGAGAUGAAGACGUCUUCAUCCUUCAGUCCACACGACCGAACGACAUCAACGACGGGCUGAUGGAGCUGCUUAUCAUGAUCAAUGCUUGCAAGACCGCCUCUGCGAGACGCAUCACUGCCGUAAUUCCCAACUUUCCUUAUGCGCGCCAGGACAAGAAGGAUAAAAGCCGUGCGCCGAUUACCGCAAAGCUUAUGGCGAACAUGCUUCAGACUGCGGGAUGCAACCACGUCAUCACCAUGGAUCUUCACGCCAGUCAAAUCCAGGGCUUCUUCAACGUUCCAGUCGAUAACUUGUAUGCUGAGCCAAGUAUGCUGAAGUGGAUCCGAGAGCAUCUCGACGUGAACAACUGCGUCAUCGUGAGUCCUGAUGCUGGUGGUGCAAAGCGCGCCACGAGUAUCGCCGAUCGACUGGACCUCCAAUUUGCUUUGAUCCACAAGGAGCGACCUCGUCCCAAUGAAGUUUCGCGAAUGGUUCUUGUUGGAAACGUUAAAGAUAAGAUUGCUAUCAUUGUCGAUGAUAUGGCUGAUACAUGCGGAACUCUUGCCAAGGCCGCUGAUACCGUGAUGGAGCACGGGGCUAAGGAAGUUAACGCUAUUGUUGUACACGGCAUCCUCUCGGGUAAGGCGAUUGAGAAUAUCAACAACAGCUGCCUCAAACGUGUGGUUGUCACCAACACUGUCCCCCAUGCGGAUAAGAAAGAAGCAUGCGACAAGAUUGAUACCAUUGAUGUCAGCCCCACACUGGCCGAGGCCUGCAGGCGUACACACAACGGCGAGUCUGUGAGCUUCCUGUUUUCUCACACAGUGGCAUAA